AUGGAUGAUUGCUUGGAAGGAAGCGGCCAGGCAGGGGAACAGCCCACACCAGGGGAACUGGCAGAUACAAGUAGUACUUAUGCUAAAGAGAACAAUGUGGGACAAAAGCAACAGAUGCUUCAGUUGCCAGGCCAAGGGGAUCAGUGGAAAAAAAAGAUGCAACAAAUAGAACGGCAGCUGAAAUGUCUGGCAUUUCAAAAUCCAGGACCACUGCUAGCCGACUUCAACCCAGAAACUCGGGAACAGCAGAAGAAAGCCUGCAUGUCAAUGAUAAACCAGGAUUGUUUUAAUACUUCAAAGAAGACUCUGAAGAAAUAUGACAAACAUGGCCGGCUGCUUUCCAGCAAGACAGAUUUGUGUGACUGCCUAGAGAAGAACUGCUUGGGCUGCUUCUACCCCUGCCCCAAGUGCAAUUCCACCAAGUGUGGAGCCGAGUGUCGCUGCAACAGGAAAUGGGUUUAUGAUCAGAUUCAGAUAGAAGCUGGACAAAUGAUCCGGUUUCCAUUUUGA